CCAACCAAGAUAAACUCACACAUCAAUCUUUGCUUGUUAAGGUCCAUCGAACCUAGUAAAACAAAGAAAUGGCUUCUCAUCAUCUCCAAUAUCUUGUGCUUGCCAUAGCCACACUUCUCACAAUCUCUUCACAUGCACAACUCACUCCUGAUUUUUACAACAAUGUUUGCCCUCAGGCACUGCCUAUCAUUAAGUCAGUUGUUCAACGAGCAAUAUUUCGUGAACGGCGCAUUGGAGCAUCUUUACUUCGUUUGCACUUCCAUGACUGUUUUGUCAAUGGCUGUGAUGGAUCAAUUCUGCUGGAUGACACCCCCAACUUCACUGGGGAGAAGACUGCCCUUCCAAAUAUUAACUCAAUAAGAGGUUUGGAGGUGGUUGAUGAAAUUAAAGCAGCCGUUGACAGAGCUUGCAAACGUCCCGUGGUAUCAUGUGCAGAUAUCUUAGCUGUAGCCGCUCGUGAUUCUGUGUCCAUAUUGGGAGGCUCACUCUACUGGUACAAAGUGUUACUAGGCAGAAGGGAUUCAAGAACUGCUAGCAAAGAUGCUGCAAACUCAAAUCUUCCACCCCCAUUUUUCAGCCUCUCUCAGCUACUUUCAAGUUUUCAGUCUCACGGCUUAGACCUCAAAGAUCUCGUGGCUCUCUCUGGUGCACACACCAUUGGAUUCGCGCAAUGCGCCACCUUUAGGAACAGGAUCUACAAUGACACCAACAUAGACCCCAACUUUGCAUCUUCUCUGCAGGGUACGUGCCCUAGAAGUGGUGGAGACAGCAAUCUAGCACCGUUGGAUCGUUUCUCUCCCUCAAGAGUUGACACUUCGUACUAUACCUCUUUGCUGAGUAAAAAGGGUCUCCUUCAUUCUGAUCAAGAGCUCUUCAAAGGAGAUGGUGGUGAGAGUGACACUUUGGUGAAGCUCUACAGCAGGAACCCUUUUGCUUUUGCUAGAGAUUUUAAGGCUUCCAUGAUCAAGAUGGGUAACAUGAAGCCUCUUAUUGGGAAUGCUGGAGAGAUCAGAGUCAAUUGUAGAAGUGUCAACUAAAUGCUUUUAAAGUGAAGCGUGGGGUUUCCAUAAUAAUCAUGUGAUCUUCUGCUGGUUCAAAAUUGUAUUACAAUUCAUUUUUUUUAUUAGAAUGUUAUUAAGUGAAGUUGCUGUAUUGGAUGUCAUUUAUUGUGGCACUUCUAAAAGUAAUAUUGAAGGUGCCACAAUGUCAAGACUUUCAAGGUUUUAUGAUCGUAAUUGUAUCAUUGUUAUAAAUGUAAUAAUUGUUUCUGAUUGUAUUA